AUGGCCUCGUCUCAGGCAGCCCGGAGCUACUGGAAGAGCGUCGGUCGUUCUCACCUGCGGCGUGACGCUCUGGCCCUGGCCUCGACGACAAACUCAACAUCGAUAGCUCUUUCAUCAUCGCCCAAGGCGAGUCCAUCCACGCUGCGGCAUGCCACGACAGACUCCGCACGACCGAGGGAAAAGGUUGUCAUACUAGGUUCUGGGUGGGCAGGCUAUGCCCUCGCUCGAGCCCUCGAUCCUGCCAAGUACGAGCGCAUCAUCGUCUCGCCUCGCUCUCAUUUCGUAUUCACACCUCUCCUGGCCUCAACGUCUGUCGGCACCCUCGAGUUUCGGUCCAUCCUCGAGCCCGUUCGUCGUCUCAAGCCUGAUGCCUUCCACCAGGGAUGGGCCGACGACAUUGACUUUGCCCACAAGACACUCAAGGUCGAGACCAAUGUCGAUGCCGAUGAGCUCUCCUCUCGCACCCUGCCGCCACCGUCCUCUUCAUCCUCUCCUUCUGGCACGUCCCCUUCCGAGGUCACGAUAGCCGCUUCCACUCCAACCAUGACGGCCUCUGUCACGAAGCGCAAAGGGGAAAUCAUCACCAUUCCCUACGACAAACUCGUCGUCGCCGUAGGCUCCUACUCCCAGACCUUUGGCAUCCCCGGCGUGCGCGAGCACGCCAACUUCCUGCGCGAUGUCGGCGACGCUCGCUCCAUCCGUCUGCGCGUCCUCCAGUGCUUCGAGCGCGCCGCUCUGCCCACCGCCACGGCCGAGCAGCGCCGUGCGCUUCUUCACUUUGCCGUCGUCGGCGGAGGUCCCACGGGCAUAGAAUUCGCCGCCGAGCUGCACGACCUCAUCUACGAGGACCUCGCCCGCCUCUACCCCCAGUUGAUGCCCUCGGUGGCCAUUACCGUCUAUGACAUUGCCCCCAAGGUGCUGCCCAUGUUCGACAAGCAGCUUGCCUCGUAUGCCAUUGACUUGUUCAAGCGCCAGGGCAUCCGUGUCAAGACGGAACACCACCUCACGCAGAUUCGCCAGGAUGACCAGUCCCCGCACGGCGCUCUCAAACUCUCGAUUCAGGAAGAGCCCGGCGCCGAGAUCGGCGCCGGCCUUGUUGUCUGGAGCACCGGCCUCAUGCCUAAUCCGCUCGUACAGAAAAUGGUUGCGCGUGAGCUGCGGCUUCCGGGGUCAGGCGACAACAGCACGCCCGAAACGUUUCAUCUCCAGACGGGGCGCUCCGGCGGCCUCCUCACGGAUGAUCACCUCCGCCUGCGUCUCGAUCAAGGCGACCGCACCCUGCCCGAUGUCUUUGCCAUGGGCGACUGCGCCGUGAUGGACCGCGAGGCCCUGCCCGCCACGGCCCAGGUCGCCUCCCAGCAGGCCGUGUACCUCGCCCGCACCCUCAACCGCCACGGCGACGACGUCUCGCGCGCGAAGCCUUUUGCGUGGCGCAACCUCGGCACCAUGGCCUAUCUUGGCAGCUGGCGUGCUAUCCACCAGAGCUCAGCCGACGGGCUCCGGGGGAGGUUGGCUUGGGUGCUCUGGAGAGGCGCGUAUCUGACGAUGAGCAUGAGCGUAAGGAACAAGAUCAUGGUGCCGGUGCACUGGUUCAUGACGUGGGUGUUUGGGCGGGACAUUUCGCGAUUCUAG